UUUGCCGACGGAAGGUAAACAGAGACGAACAGGUUUCUUGUAAACAGGCGGACAGUCUCUAAACCGCCGUAGUCCAAACCUGUCAAGAACUGUUGUCUUAGGAAUGGGUCGGAGCAGGUCACCCAGCAAAGAUGUCAGAGAGAAGAAACAGAUGAAGAAGAAACGGAGAAAAUCUUCCUCCUCUUCUUCAUCGACAUCUUCUUCUUCCAGCAGGAGCCGGAGCAGGUCGUCUAAGAAAAAAACUCACAAGAAGAAGCAAGAUUUAAACACUAAAAGGAAAAAGCGCAGGACUCGCUCAUCCUCUUCAUCCUCCACAUCUUCCUCCUCGUCAUCCACCUCCUCCUCCUCAUCGUCGAGUGAUGAGAGGUCAAGGAAGAAAAAGAUGAAAGCGAAGAAAAAGAAACUGAUGAAGAAAAAGGCGGAACUUAAAAAGCAGAAGAAAAUGGAAAAGAAGCAAAAGAAGAUCAAGAAGAGGGAGAAGAAGAUGAAGAAAGAGCUGGAGGUCGGAACCGUGCAGAUCCCAGCAGAAAACCAGCCUCCAUCCUACCUGGAGGUUUGGCAGAACGAUGAAGAGGCAGUGGAGCUCGGGCCUGUAAUGACUGAUGAGCAGAAGGCCAGGCUUUCCACGAAGAGGCCUCUCACCAAAGAGGAGUAUGAAGCCCGGCAGAGUGUCAUCCGCAGGGUGGUGGACCCGGAAACAGGAAGGACCAGAUUGGUGAGAGGAGAGGGAGAAAUCAUUGAGGAGAUAGUCAGCAAGGAGAAACACAAGGAGAUCAACAAGCAAUCUACGAAGGGAGAUGGGAACGCCUUUCAGAGAAAACUGGGAAUCAUGGGAUAGAAAGCUAAAGCACACUUGAUUAAAGUGAAAUGAGUAUUAAAAAUCGUUUAACCGGACAUCUGAGAGUGUCAGAAUAUUUACAGAAAAAAGCAGUUAGUUCACAUUUUAUACAAAAAGAAUUGUCUGUGGUUAAUCUCUGGGGAAAAAAGAUAAACUCACAAUAACCACAGUCUUUUUAUUUCUGCAGAUCAGAAAAUAAAAAGAUUUUGAUGUGCUGUGUUGAUAUCAAAUGAUGCCCAAAGAAAACAGCAACUGGACCUGAUGUCUCAAAUAAUAACUUCUAUUACUUUGGAUGAAAUUUGCAAAAUGCUUUUGUAUUUUUAGAAAAAUUGAAUGUCCCCAAACGAUGGUUAAAUAUAUUUUAUUUUCAGAAACUUUUCUUUUCAAUAAAAUGAUUUCUCUGUACUUUGUCUGCACAAC